GGCGGGCACCAUGUCCACGCUGGCCCCGCUGCGCCUGCUGCGCGAGCCCUGGAACGCCAGCGAGGGCAACGCCAGCAACGCGACGGGCGGCGGCGGCGGCGGCGGCUGCCACGGCCCCGACAUCCCCAACGAGCUCUUCCUCACGCUGGGCCUYGUGAGCCUGGUGGAGAACGUGCUGGUGGUGGCCGCCAUCCUCAAGAACAGGAACCUGCACUCGCCCAUGUACUACUUCAUCUGCUGCCUGGCCGUCUCCGACAUGCUGGUGAGCGUCAGCAACCUGGUGGAGACGCUCUUCAUGCUGCUCAUGGAGCACGGCGUGCUGGUCAUCAGCGCCAGCAUCGUCCGCCACAUGGACAACAUCAUCGACAUGCUCAUCUGCAGCUCCGUGGUGUCCUCACUCUCCUUCCUGGGGGUCAUCGCUGUGGACCGCUACAUCACCAUCUUCUACGCGCUGCGCUACCACAGCAUCAUGACGCUGCAGCGCGCCGUGGUCACCAUGGCCAGCGUCUGGCUGGCCAGCACCGUCUCCAGCACCGUCUUCAUCACCUACUACCGCAGCAACGCCAUCCUCCUCUGCCUCAUCGGCUUCUUCCUCUUCAUGCUGGUGCUCAUGCUGGUGCUCUACAUCCACAUGUUCGCCCUGGCCCGCCACCACCUCCGCAGCAUCUCCAGCCAGCAGAAGAAGCCCACCGUGUACCGCACCAGCAGCCUCAAGGGCGCCGUGACGCUCACCAUCCUGCUGGGCGUCUUCUUCAUCUGCUGGGGGCCCUUCUUCUUCCACCUCAUCCUCAUCGUCAGCUGCCCCACCAACCCCUUCUGCACCUGCUUCUUCAGCUACUUCAACCUCUUCCUCAUCCUCAUCAUCUGCAACUCGGUGCUGGACCCGCUCAUCUACGCGUUCCGGAGCCAGGAGCUGCGGCGGACGCUGCGGGAGGUGGUGCUGUGCGCCUGGUAGCGGCGCCGCGC